AGAUAUGCCGUUUCUCAACUUUUUGCAGGGGCGAUUUUGAUGGAACGGUCCUCCGCUAUUCUUCUAAACUGCGUCGAGCCGUAUGGUCGUUUAAAGAGUACCGAUUCACACUUUGAACGAAGACUCGCAACAUCAAUUCAUCUUUCAUCUUAUCCAGAAAAGGAAAGCAAGUAUGGCUGGAUCACUAUAAUUCAAGCGCUGGAAGAGCAUUCUACCAAGUUGAAAAUUGGAACUACAACAUUCAAUUUACUACAGAAACCUAAC